AUGGCCUCCAGUUGUGGUGUUGCUGCCCUUCUUAAGGGGGCCAUGGUCGUCGCCGUGUGGGUCGUGCUGCUCCAUUCUUCGACGGGGCAGCAGCAGCCAGUGCCAGCGCCAGAACCAGCGCCGGCAUCACCGCCACCACCACCGGACUGCUCCAACUGCUCUUCGAUCUGCACUCCGUCGUGCGAAGAGAUAGUCGCCGGCAAUACUGCCAGCUUCUGCAGAGAAACGGUUGUUCCAAAUGCCUACAGAGGGUGCCUGGAGUACUGCGCUAACACGACCUGCAGCGGCGGCAACACCCAUGGCGCCUGCUGCAGCAUCGGCACCUGCACGCCCCAGCACUGCGGCAACGACCCCUGUGUCCAGGAUUGCUGCAAAUCCUGCACUGCCACAGCUAACGCUGCGUACGACGACUGCAAGCUCGGAAACAUGGGGGGCAGCAACAUGCACGGCUGCAUGGAUGGCUGCAUGAGCAGCUGCAAGGAGUUCUGCAUCACUCACUGA